UUGUAUUUUUGAAAAGAUGUUUUUUGUACUCAAAAGAUGAUGCUAAUGAUUAAUUCUUACUUUUAACUCUAUUUUUUUCCUACUAUUUACUUUCCUUGUCUAUAUUAGUUUCAUUUGCAAUAUUUUAGAGAUGGUGUUAAUUCCGCAAUUUUUAGCCUAUCUCUGUCGUUUUCUUAUUAUUUGAUCUUCGUCUAUAUUUAUUAAUUAUUCAUGCGAAAGAGAUAUAACAUAGAAAUUAAUAAAAAAAAUAAUAAAAAUAUUAAAUAUGAAAAUAGUUUGCGCUGCCAAAAAUUGUAAAUAUUCUUCAAGUAAUAAAGAUGCGACAAAUAUCAAAUUCAUUAAUUUUCCAAACAGUGAUAUUUCAAAAAUAUGGGCACAUCAUUGUAAUAGAACAGACCUUUUAAUAAAAUCUAACGAAGAAUUACAUUUAAAUUAUUAUAUAUGUUCUCAUCAUAUAGAGGAUCAUUUUUAUAUAAAUAAAACAGAUCCUAUAAUAUUAAAUGAAAAUGCUAUUCCAACAUUAUUUGAAUCACAUAAUGUUGCUGAAAAAGAUUCAAGAAAUGUCUUUGAGAGAAAUGAAAUAGCUAAUAAUAUUGUAUUAUCAUAUUGUGAUAUGGAUGCUGAAAUGGAUCAAUAUCAUAAUAUUAGUAUUAAAUUUUCAAAUUUAUGUAGAAUAUGUGAGGAACCAUCUUUGGAUGGCAUCGAAAUAUUUUCACUGAAAGGAAUAGAUUUAAAAUUAAAAGAAAAGAUUAAUUUACAUUUACCAAUCACAGUUAAUUUAGAGGAUUUAAUGCCACAAAAAUUAUGCAUGAAUUGUUACAAUAAACUAGAAGUUGCACAUUCAUUAGUUAUAACAUCCCUAAAAACAGAUAUGAAAUUGAAAAAACUUUUGAAUAUGAAUACAGAGCUAAAUUAUGAUCAUAAAUAUGAUGAAAUAACAAAAAAAUGUUCGUUAGAAAUAGCUGAAGAAAUAUGUAUUAAUGAAGCGACUGAAAUUACACCUAUAGAAUUAUCUUGUAAUAAAGUUAGUGAAAUUACCAAUCAAAAAAUCUCAACUAAGUUUACUCAAUUGGAAAAUAUUAAUAUACAUAAAAAUAAUUUUGUAAAUAAUAUCAGGAAAGAAGUGCAAUAUGAAUUACAUAAAUUUGAAUCACAUAAUGAAAAAAAUAGAGAAAAUGAAUAUACAAUUACAACAAAAAAUUAUCUAAAUAAUGAAAUAUUAAACAAUGAAAUUCAAUGCUUUUUUUGCAAGAAUACAUUUAAAACACAAGAAAUAUUUGAAAAUCACAAAAUAUUAUGUGAUAAAGAGAAAACAAUGGUACAAAAGGAUAAAGGAACUAAUAAUAAUAUGAACGAUAAAGAAUCCUGUAAUAUAAAUCUAAUGGAUUUUCAAUUUAUAAAGACUUGUAAUAUUUGCCAAGAACAUUUUGAAACUGAAAAAGACUUUAUUGAACAUAAAGUAUCAUAUUGUAAAAUUCUUUCAAAGAAUUAUCAAAAUCCUAGUAAAGAAAACAAAGAAUCAUACAAUAACUAUAAUGAUUCUUGUAAUAUCAAAAGUAUUCCACCAAUGGAAACUAAUAAAAAAUGUGGUCAUUGUAAUUUAAUUUGUAAUACUAAAAAGGAAUUAUUAAAUCAUAUUAUGGAAUGUCAUCAAGGUCAACUUUUAUUUAAAUGUAUCAUAUGUGACAGAAGUUUUGAAAAGUGGUCUAGUUUAGAUAUACAUGAAGCUACUCAUAGAAUAGAUAAACCCUAUUUAUGUGAUUUAUGUGGAAAAAGUUUUAAACAUUCUAACAAUUUAAGAGGUCAUAAAAGAAUUCAUUUAGAUGAUUCAAGAAAGAAACGACAUGUUUGUGAUAUUUGUGGGAAAGCAUAUAGAUCUAGAUUUCAUUUGGGAGAACAUAUGAAUCAACAUAAUGAAAAUAAACCUUAUUCUUGUGAAAAAUGUGGUAAAGCAUUUUAUAAAAGAAUACAACUAAGACAACAUAGAUUAUCACACGGAUCAAAUAAACAUAUUUGUCCAAUAUGUGGUGCAGCUUUCAAUCGUAGGAAUAUGAAUACACAUAUAAAACGUCAUAGUAAUGGGGGUAGUACAUAUUCAUGUAGUAUAUGUAUGCAUAGAUGUAAAUCAAUGAGUGAAUUGAAAUCACAUAGAAAAAUACAUACAGAACAAGAUAUUAUAGACAAUAUGAAAAAAAAAUAUAAUGGCAAAACUAUAUGGCAAUGUAAAAAUUGUAAUCGAAUAUUUUCAACGCAAGCUGUAUUAUUAAGUCAUGAACGUAUACAUAAAGAAGAAAGAACAAGCAUUGAUUGUAAUAUUUGUGGAAAAAAAUUAGCUAACAAAAAUUCUUUAAUAUAUCAUAAAAAAUCUAUUCAUUCUUCAAAUAAGAUCUAUACAUGUCAAUACUGUGAAGAAUCGUUUAUUUCCAAAGAAGCACGUCUUAUACAUGAAAGAAUACAUACUGGAGAACGUCCUUACGUUUGCAAAAUAUGUAAAAUGGAAUAUAAAUGUUCAAGUAAUCUUAAUCAACACAUAAAAAUUCAUUCUGAUAUUAAACCUUUCAAAUGUACAUAUUGUAAUAAGAGUUUCACACGCAAAGGAACAUUAAAUGUGCACGAAAGAAUUCACACAGGAGAGAAACCAUUUGCAUGCAUAAUAUGUGGUAGAACAUUUUCGCAAAAAAAUGAUAUGAUCAAGCACACUAAAACUCAUAAUGCUAAAUCAUUAUGUUGUGAACAAUGUGACGAAGUUUUCGCAAGGAAAAAAGAUAUUCUGAAACAUAUUUCUUUGCAUGAACAAAAUAAUCCAAUAAUUCAGGAAUAUAUAGAAAUACAACAAGAAAUAGAACCUUAUGUAGAGCAUAUAGCAUGUUCUGAAUUUGAAUGACUUUUGUAUAUAAAAAAAAA